GAAGUGCUAAAUAUCUACAUGCCCGACGAGGAACUCAUCAUGGACGAAGGCAACAGGGCUGACCAAGCUCGCCCCAAAGAGAUGCAUGGUUGCCCUGAACUCGACAGGAUAAGCCUUGGGAGCAUUUUGCUGGACUCUCUCCAGCAGAACACUGUCCGCUGGGGCUACCGGCUCAAGAAGGUUAUUAAGACGGACAACGCGAAGUACGACUUACACUUCGACGCGGGCAUCGAGCCGCAAUUUGACAUUGUCAUCGGUGCUGAUGGUGCCUGGUCCAAAGUACGCAAGCUAGUCACUGAUGCGGUACCCGUCUAUUCUGGCAUCUCCGGUCUCGACACCAGGACCACUAACAUUGACGUUCGCGAGCCUGCGAUUGCCGGGUGGAUUGGUCACGGCAUGUGCUUAACGCUUGGAAGCAACAGGGGCAUCCUUUCGCAAAAGAAUAGCAACAAUGAAGUUCGGACGUACGCAUUCAUGCGAGCAUCCAUUGAGUGGAAGUCGAAGGUCGAUAUUCAACAGCUGUCUCCUAAAGAGCUACCCGAAAAGCACGUUAGUGGACACUUUUAUGAGUUUUCACAGAUCUCAAAGGAUAUCAUCCUGAAAGCCGAUCGCGAUGCCGUCAUUACGAGGCAGAUGUGGAUGUUGCCGGUUGGAUUGACUUGGAAAACAAAACCUGGGGUGGCCUUGAUCGGAGAUGCUGCUCACGUCAUGACUCCUUUCGCCGGCUUUGGUGUUAACGUGGGCAUGCAAGAUGCGGUCGAGGUUGCCGACGAAUUAAUCGCCUUACUUGAACCAAGUAAGACCCAAAGCCAUUUUGAUAUCAAUGGCGUUUCUGCCGGCAUCUUCAAGUAUGAGAAGCAGAUGCUCGAGAAGUCUGAUAAGUAUCAGAAGCAGACGCUGAUGUACCUUAAUAUUAUUUUAUUUUCAGGGAAGAGGUGGUGA